CAGUGACUGGGCCGCGUAAGGCUGCGCGCCUGUAGACUGGGGUUUCAAGUCCCGGACCCUGGGGCUUCUCCACGCAGCCGCUAUUCUCCAGGCAGCCCCCAGCGCCUUGCGGCGCCCCUUACCUGCGGUUCCACAGCUCUCGCUUCGGCCUUGCUAGCUCGCCCUCCGGGCUCCGGACAGCUCCUCUGGGAGCCCGCAGGGAACUCUUGCCCCUCUCCCUCCCGCGCCGCCCAACGGGGUCCGCCGGGGCCAUGGUGCCCUCCCCUGCGAAGCCCGGCUCCGCGCAGGGGACGAGCGAGACAGAGUCGCUCGGCCCCGCGCCCAUGGGGGCUCCUCCGCUGACGGGCCUGGGACCCUCAGACGGUCCGGAGGCGGCCGCCGAGAAUGUAGAGGUAGAGUUGGCGGGGCCGGCGGGUGCCGAGCCCCCUCAGCCUCCCGAGGGCGGCUGGGGCUGGCUGGUGAUGCUGGCGGCCAUGUGGUGCAACGGGUCGGUGUUUGGUAUCCAGAACGCCUGCGGGGUGCUCUUCGUGUCCAUGCUGGAUACCUUCGGGUCCAAGGACGAUGACCAGUUGGUCUUCAAGACAGCUUGGGUAAGUUCUCUCUCCAUGGGGAUGAUUUUCUUCUGCUGCCCAAUAGUCAGCGUGGUCACGGACACGUUUGGCUGUCGGAAAACGGCCAUUGUGGGCGCUGCCAUUGGAUUCACUGGGCUCCUGUCCAGUUCUUUUGUAAGUUCCAUCGAACCUCUGUACCUUACCUAUGGAAUCAUAUUUGCCUGUGGCUGCGCCUUUGCAUACCAGCCUUCAUUGGUCAUUUUGGGACACUAUUUCAAGAAGCGCCUUGGACUGGUGAAUGGCAUUGUCACUGCUGGCAGCAGUAUCUUCACAGUUCUGCUGCCUGUGCUUUUAAGGGUUCUGAUCAACAAUGUGGGCCUCUUUAAUACACUGAGGGUCCUCUGCAUCUUCAUGUUUGUUCUCUUUCUGGCUGGCUUUACUUACCGACCUCUUGCUUCCAGUGUCAGAGAGAAAGAGAGUGGAAUCAAAGGAGGCAAAAGAUUCUCCCUCUUUUCCAGGAGAAAGUUCAGUCCUCCAAAAAAAUUUUUCAAUUUUGCCAUGUUCAAGGUGACAGCUUAUACAGUGUGGGCAGUUGGAAUACCACUUGCACUUUUUGGAUACUUUGUGCCUUAUGUUCACUUGAUGAAAUAUGUGAAUGAAAGGUUCCAAGAUGAAGACAACAAAGAGGUGCUUCUCAUGUGCCUUGGCAUCACGUCAGGGGUUGGACGGCUGUUCUUCGGCAGGAUUGCAGACUACGUGCCUGGCGCGAAGAAGGUGUAUCUACAGGUUCUCUCCUUCCUCUUCAUCGGCCUCAUGUCCAUGAUGAUUCCCCUGUGUAACAUCUUCGGGGCCCUCAUCGCUGUCUGCCUCAUCAUGGGCAUCUUCGACGGGUGCUUCAUUUCCAUCAUGGCCCCCAUUGCCUUCGAGUUGGUCGGCGCCCGGGACGUCUCUCAAGCGAUUGGAUUUCUGCUCGGAUUCAUGUCUGUGCCCAUGACUGUGGGCCCACCCAUUGCAGGGUUACUUCGGGACAAGCUGGGCUCCUAUGAGGUGUCAUUCUACCUCGCUGGGAUACCCCCCCUGAUUGGAGGAGCUGUCCUUUGUUUUGUCCCGUGGAUCCACAGUAAGAAGCAGAGAGAGAUCGGUAGAACCACUGGAGGGGAAAAGACGGAGAAAAUGCUGGAGAACCAGAACUCUCUGCUGUCGAGUUCAUCUGGAAUCUUAAAAAAAGAAUCUGACUCUGUUAUUUAAUGCCUUACAUACCUCCACCAAACUGGGCUUGCUUUCAGAAGUUUAAGCAAGUUUUCCUUUUAUAUGAAUUGCAAAUUUCUUAUUUUUUUAAUCAUACCCUAAGAAUAGCACAAUAAUGGGAAAUAGAACCAUUAUUACUGUAAGAACCAUUUUCUGCCACUGAAUCGCUGUCUGAUAUUUCCGUGGGUCUGAGGGCAGAGACUCUGGAACAUGAAAACAUGUGUGGAAAUCAAAUAGUAUGAGAACUUGGAUCUGUUUCAGUAAAAAGCAGCUUUGGAAACUGUGAAUGCUAUUUAGCGUCUACAAAUAUUUAAAAAUACCUCAAGCUAUAAUGAAAAGGUUGCAAUUUGGUUAGGCCUGGAAAUAUUGUUUGUUGUCUCACAUGCUGUUUUUAGUUCUGGUAUCUAUAUUUUCAUUUCUUCUCCUAUUUGGAAAGUUUUUUUUACAAAAUUUAAGCCUGGAUUCUAGGGAAUGUGAGAUACGUCUAAACCUCAAGUCUGUGUUCAAGUCACUUGCCUGUCGAACAGGCUGAGGGACGCAGCUCUGACGCGCUCCGGGGUCAGGACCCUCCCGGGGCAGACGCUGACAGUGUUUCCGUGAUCAGCAUGUGAGAUGGAAAGGACCCUGUGCGAAUGGGCAGAGCAGCUCAAAAAUCAGGUAUUCCUUCCCCUUUUCCCCUUGGGUUUGCAGUGUGUUUUACUCAAGUAGCCAGAAACACCCCAAAUUUCUGAACUUGUUUAAAUUGUAACAAUAAAGUAAAAUAGAAUGAAUGAAAGACA